AUGGCCUCAACAUCAUCGACCGGAAUGCCUCAACCAAAACUGUAUAUGUUACAAUAUGAUUAUGUAGCUAAUGUAAUUGAAAAACGUAAACCAUAUCGUGAAGCUCAUUUGGCUCAUAUGGGUAAACAACUUGAAAAAGGAAAUCUUAUUUUAGGUGGUGCCUACGGUAAUCCACCAACAGGAGCUUUAAUUAUUUUACGUAACUUAUCAGUAAAUGAUAUAGAACAAUUGGCAAAACAAGAUCCUUAUGUUAGUAAUGGUAUUGUCACAAAAUAUACAAUUGAACCAUAUAUGGCGGUCAUUGGUGAUGCUUUAUUAAGCAAUGAUCUUAUAAAAACUUAA